AUGGUUCUCAUACCACGUGCGAGCGUAGUCUUCACUAUUAUCCCCACAACUGAUGUUACGCAACAGUCGGCGCAACUGCUCAUGCCAUCACCCAACAACCUAAAUCUCGCUGAGCUGCGGUUCUGGGCCGCGCCGGUGACGUUCAGGGCCCGCCAGCUGGAUGGUAGCAGCGUGGUGUUCGACCUCCUCCAUUGGCUCGCCGAAGGCCGCAUCGAGAAGGCGCUCAACGAGAAGAUGGGCGAGGUGGUCGUCGAAGUUGUGCACCAGUUCUUGGGCAAGGUGGAGCUUUUCGCGAGAAACGGAACGAAGAUCGGAGAAAUUAAAAAGCCACGCGAAGACCCGAGCUUCAUUCCUGCGUUCGUCUUGCCUGGAACUGAAGAGAGCAUAUCUCCUUCUAACAAUCCUCUGGGCCCCUGGCAAGAUCCCAGCAAAUGGGGAAUAUUUGACUACAGCAUCAAGCGAAUGACGAUGGCGUCGAAGCUCGACCCACUUGUGCUUACUGACGUGGACGACGUCACAUGGGAAGGCAGGAUCUUCCACAUAACCAACGUGACCGUAGAUGGUCUCGGCUACCUUCGCCGAGGAGGCGACAAUUACGCCGUGGCUGAUAGAUGUGGCAUCAGCGCCCGCGUAGCCCUGGCUAUGGAGAAUAUCGGGGUCCGACUGUACGCCACCAUGGACAGUCCAGCUCUGCAGUUGCGAAUGGACGUGCGAAUUGUGGGAGUUGACGUGAUCCUCAAGGUGAAAGAGACGAACAAAACCAUCGAAAUUGAAGACUACCAGCUCAACUUCUCAAUACCACUUGAGUACGACGUGUACGUGCUCACACCCGUUGCCGGUCCGCUGGUUGAAACAUUUAGGGGGUACAUGAGAAGGCGGUUGACUGAAGACGAGACAAACAAGCUGGAAGAUCACUCGAGGAAGUACCUGGAGCGCGCCAUAGGAACAGUGACCGAAUUCAUAACGGAUCCUGCUCCUUGGAUGCCAUGGAACAGCUCCAUCAUCGAUGCCUACCGCAGAUUCGCCGAAGAGCGUAGAAAUUGAUCUAAUAUUACGUAACACUGCUACUCUGCGGUAUCUGCAAAUAAAGACAAUCAGUGC